GCCAUAUUCAGCGAAGCAUUUAAACAACCAGACAGGUGAUGGAGCUGAUAAUAAGACUGCUGGGCGGAGAUGUGAAGCGUCUGGAAGUGAGCGGUGGAGCCACAGUUGGUGAACUGAAGAAACUCAUCUCUCAGAUCAUCGGAGAACCUUCUUACAAACAGAAGCUGUCUGCCGAUAACGGUUCGCGUAUCAGCCUUGAGGAUGAGUCUCGAACCCUCAGCAGUUACGGUCUGCACUCUGGAUCAGUGGUCAGUCUGCUCAUCACCAACCCCGGACCUUUCCAAGUGUUCGUCAGGAAUGAGAAGGGCCAGACCGGGACGUAUGAAGUGGAUAUCAAUGAGACCGUAGAUCAGCUCCAGGCUAAGAUCUACCGCAAAGAGAGAGUCCCCGUGGACCAGCAGAGACUGAUUUUCAACGGAAGACAGCUGGAGUCCGGCAGAAAGUUGCAGGAAUACGACAUCAGCUCAGGAAGCAGCAUUCACAUGACUCUCCGUCUGCGAGGAGGAUGAUCGGGCGAAUGUGUGCAAAAAGGACUAAAAACUGUUCUCGAAAAGGACUAAAAAUUGUUCUCUUUAGAUUUGUUAAUGAUGUAGCUAAAUAUGAUACUCGCUGUUAAAAUUGUGAGUUUUUUCUUCAUGUCUUAAGAACUCAUGCAAUUCCAUUGUUGGCUAUUUAUCUGCACUUGUCUUCAGGGGAACACAUUCA